CGAUAGGUAUUGAAUGCACCAUUCGAACGUCGCGAGAGUUUACGCAGGAUAAAAACACUUGGCAUCUGUUUUCAACGAUAAUUAUUCUUUGUCUUUUCUUCGUUUUGGUGCUUUUCAGGGCUUAAAUGAACAUGUAAUUACGAACUUAGAAGAGUAUAAGAGCGGUUAGACUGUUGUCAAGUUUAUUAGGAAUACGUUUUGUGCGUUCGGGUUACCGUAGUGAUUGAGAGGAAGCACACAAACUAGCCGCUAAGUAGCUAGUUUUGGCUGCUGAGUUUCUCCCACAUUUUUACGGGUUUCACAGCAAAAGCGCUCUGACCAGUGAGUUUUAACUGUGUCUGAGUCAGCACCACGAUGUUAGCCACUCCCGUUUUACGGCAUUUUGUUGGCAGACAGUGAUGUUUAGACUGACUGGUGUUUUCAGAGCAGUACGCAGGACCGUCUGCAGCGCCGCCGACGACAUGGCGAAGGGCAAGUUUUUUUACGCAGUGAGGAAAGGCCACACACCUGGAGUCUACAAGUCAUGGGAUGAAUGCAAGAGCCAAGUGGACAAAUUUCCAAACGCCUCUUAUAAGAAGUUUGCAUCAGAGAAAGAUGCCUGGGCGUUUGUCAGAGGAGUUGAACUCGCUUCACUUCCAGAGGUGAAGAAAGCUGCUCUGAGCACAGAGUCAGCCCUCAGUCUUCUUCCUAAAAGAGGCCCGGAGCCUCUGGAGUACAUCCCUCUCGGAAAGAAGAGAUGUCACUCAGCGGAGGAGGUGGUGUCGCCUCCUAAACGAGCCAAACAGUCUGAAAGCUCGUCUUCAGAGAGCACAGAUGGAUUCACGCACAUGGGUGAUGCUGUGGUCGUUUACACCGACGGCUGCUGCUCAGGCAACGGGAAGAACAGAGCCCGAGCUGGCAUCGGAGUGUACUGGGGCCACAACCACCUGCUAAAUGUUGCAGAGCGGCUGGAGGGAAGACAAACCAACCAGCGGGCGGAGUUACAGGCAGCCUGCAGAGCGCUGGAACAAGCCAAAGAGAACAACAUCAAGAAGCUGGUUCUCUACACAGACAGCAAGUUUACAAUCAACGGCGUCACCAGCUGGGUGAAGAACUGGAAGCUGAACAACUGGAGGCUGAAAUCUGGAGGUCCUGUCGUCAACAAAGAAGAUUUUGUGAAGCUGGACCGACUGAACUCAGAGCUGGAGGUGGUCUGGCUGCACAUCCCGGGUCACGCCGGCUACAGAGGCAACGAGGAGGCCGACAGACUGUCGAGAGAAGGAGCAGCGAAGUCUUUACAGCAGCAGCAGCAGGAUGAGGAUGAUGAUGAUUUGCUGCAGGACUGAUCACAUUUACUCUGGUUUAUCAACCAGCCUGCUUUGACUCAGAGGUUUGAACUCUGUGUUUUUCUGUUCAGUGUUUAAUUUGUUUCUGGUCUGAAUAAAGUUUUAAGUUUCAACUGUGAA